UUGGUAACGUAGCGUAACCGAUUAUAAAAUGGUCUAUCGAAAGUGAAGCUCAAAACAGUGCCACUUUUCCUAUAGCUAAUUGCAUCACCACUUCCCUCUUAUUCACAUUUUGUCUAUGGAUCAGGUUUUUGGAGGCCACAGUUGAGGAUUAUUUGGCAUCACGUUCUGUGUAUGAGAUUAUAAGGUAGUUUAUUUGCAACUUGCCAAUUUACGUCAGAAGCUCCAAUAAUGGCUGGAAUAGCUAUACUUCUAGAUUUGUGGAGGAAAAACCAAAACUUUGGCUCUGGUUUGCACUCUCCACAAGCCUUUCAGUCUUCUGCUUUUUUCUCUGCUUCUGCUGCUGUUGGUGCUGCAGCUUCUUUUACUGCUGGUACCACUGGCUUUGCCUCAAGGGCUUUGUUUGGGUAUGCACUUUUGACUCCAUUUGUCUAUGCAUUCAUUCUUGUUAUAUGGAUGGAUGAUGGAUUUGCUUUAUAUAAAGAAUGUCAUAGUAAUCAUAAAAGUACUUCUAAAGGGAUUUAUAAUAAUGAUGGUGCUCUAAGAUAUAGUACUACCAAACAUUACAAUGUGGAGCUUAAGCCUCUAUUCUCUGCUUUUGAAUUUAGGCCAUUCAUGAUGACAUCGCUAAGGUCAUUCUUAAUGUUCUAUUUGCCUCUUUUGGAGCCUCGUGCUGAAAUGGAAGAUGAUGAUUUCCUUGAGGAGAGGGAAGAACAACCAACUGAUCUGGUUGUCCCCUUCAAGAAAUCAGUGAAGCAAAUCAUCCGAGAGACAACCGUUGUGACGACUAGAAGGAUUUUAGAAAGAAUUGCUUUUCAUUAUGUUUCACAAAGAAUGGCAUGGAAAAUUCUUAAAGAUGUCCCUAAAUCAGCUACUCGCAAGGCUGCGAGGAAUAUGGCUUAUCAUGUUUACUUCUUUUGUGUGAGCAGAACAACUUUUAGAGGACACAUGCUUGGCGUUGCAGCAUCAUGGAUUGUCCAAGUAGGCAUUGAUGUGUACCGGUUUUUUAAAUCGAUUCUCAAGUCCACAGAUGAUGUGGGUGACAUUGUUGACAAAUCUGAACAAGUUGCAAUUCUUGGGCAGAAAAUUUUCAUUGCUACAGUUAGGUGUUCGUCGUCUCUAAUCUUUGCUUCCAUAGGAGCUGGCAUCGGUGCUACCCUUAUUCGUCCAUCGCUUGGCCAGUGGAUUGGGUGUGCUGCUGGUGAUUUGGCUGGUCCCAUUAUUGUAGCAUAUUGUGCCGACCAACUAUUUCAAGUGAGAUUUUCCUAAUUAUAUUUUCUAAAAGAUUCUUUACCAGCUUCCGAAGACUGGCAUUUCAUAGAAUUUCCUCUUCUAUAUGCCUUAUCUAAUUGAGUCACUAAAAGUUGGCCGAUAAAAAGAAAUAAAGCUAGGCUCAACCUUCAAAGGAGGAGUUGUUAACAAGAUAUAAUUAUAAUAUAUUAAUAUAUCAAUCCUUCUUAUAUAAACCACUACACCAGCACCAGUGGUUUAGUAGUAGAAUAGUACUCUUCAAUCUCAUGCAGGGAUAACUCAGUUGGGAGAGCGUUAGACUGAAGGUCUGAAGGUCGCAUGUUUGAUCAAUGCUCACCGCAUAUUUCUAAACAUUCUAUUUCACUUUAAUUCUGAAAAAUAUGACAUUUGGAAACCUUUAGUUUGGAUUAA